AGAGGUGUGUGGUUGGGGACAUUUUCCCUGGCCAGGAGUCCAUGGAGCCCUGGCCCGGUCAGUACUGUCCCCAGAGAUGCACAAGUUAGGCUCACUGUCUAGGCCGGGCCCACCUUAGACCUCGUGGAUGGUCAAUGGAUGCACUUCCUGGACUCGCCUCCCCCGGCCCUUACCCUGGGGUGGAUCAGAAACAAGCUCAGACUGUGAUUCAGACGGUUCCACGGAGUCCUCUCCUCCUUCCCAGGCUGUUGGCUGCUGAACAGAAUGUCCGCGGACGACCGGCACCUGGGCUCCAGCUGCGGCUCCUUCAUCAAGACAGAGCCGUCCAGCCCGUCCUCGGGCAUCGACGCCCUCAGCCACCACAGCCCCAGCGGCUCAUCCGACGCCAGCGGGGGCUUCGGCCUGGCCCUGGGCGCCCACGCCAACGGUCUGGACUCGCCGCCCAUGUUCGCAGGCGCCGGGCUGGGCGGCACCCCGUGCCGCAAGAGCUACGAGGACUGUGCCAGCGGCCUCAUGGAGGACUCGGCCAUCAAGUGCGAGUACAUGCUCAACGCCAUCCCCAAGCGCCUGUGCCUCGUGUGCGGGGACAUUGCCUCCGGCUACCACUACGGCGUGGCCUCCUGCGAGGCCUGCAAGGCCUUCUUCAAGAGGACCAUCCAAGGAAACAUCGAGUACAGCUGCCCGGCCACCAAUGAGUGUGAGAUCACGAAACGGAGGCGCAAGUCCUGCCAGGCCUGCCGCUUCAUGAAAUGCCUCAAAGUGGGGAUGCUGAAGGAAGGUGUGCGCCUUGACCGAGUGCGUGGAGGCCGCCAGAAAUACAAGCGACGGCUGGACUCUGAGAGCAGCCCAUACCUGAGCUUACAGAUUUCUCCACCCGCUAAAAAGCCAUUGACCAAGAUUGUCUCCUACCUGCUGGUGGCCGAGCCGGACAAGCUCUAUGCCAUGCCUCCCCCUGGCAUGCCGGAGGGCGACAUCAAGGCCCUGACCACUCUCUGUGACCUGGCAGACAGGGAGCUCGUGGUCAUCAUUGGCUGGGCCAAGCACAUCCCAGGCUUCUCGAACCUCUCUCUCGGGGACCAGAUGAGCCUGCUGCAGAGCGCCUGGAUGGAGAUCCUCAUCCUGGGCAUCGUGUACCGCUCGCUGCCCUACGAGGACAAGCUGGUGUAUGCUGAGGACUACAUCAUGGACGAGGAACACUCCCGCCUCGCGGGGCUGCUGGAGCUCUACCGGGCCAUCCUGCAGCUGGUGCGCAGGUACAAGAAGCUCAAGGUGGAGAAGGAGGAGUUUGUGACACUCAAGGCCCUGGCUCUGGCCAACUCAGAUUCCAUGUACAUCGAGGAUCUGGAGGCAGUGCAGAAGCUCCAGGACCUGCUGCACGAGGCUCUGCAGGACUACGAGCUGAGCCAGCGCCACGAGGAGCCGCGGAGGACGGGCAAGCUGCUGCUGACGCUGCCCCUGCUGCGGCAGACGGCUGCCAAGGCCGUGCAGCACUUCUACAGCAUCAAACUGCAGGGCAAGGUGCCCAUGCACAAACUCUUCCUGGAGAUGCUGGAGGCCAAGGUCUGAUGGCCCGGCACAUGGACCGACUCCCACCCGCGGACAGACCGACCGACCCGACGCGGAGACCUCCACAGCCACCAGCCUCGACCUUCAAGCCCUGUAUCAUGGCCACGAGCAGUCCCCGAGGAAGGGGCUUCUCGCCUCCCGGCUGCGUGCAGACUCCUGGGUACAGCGGGGCCGGGGAACAGGGAUGGGAGGGCAGGGCGUGGGCUCACCUGUGACUGGCUUUUUCUCUGGUAUGUUUUUCCUUCUCCACGGGCAGUGCUGACGCCCGGGCCCAGGGCUGACUCCCUUGAGACUAGAGACCGUGGAGGAAGCCCCGCCUUUCCCACCAAACCACCAAGAGACAGCAGCGUAUUUCCUACCCCCCCACCCCCCCCUCCCCACCUCGUGGACUGGGCGGCCGGUGCUCAGUGCCUAGGACUCCCCCGGCCCAGGCUAGGCGCCACCUGGAAGUUUUCCCUCCCCAGACGGCAGGUGCUUUCUUCCAGAGGCUCCGCCUACUCUGAGGUUCUCUGGGGCCCCUCAGGAGGCUGCGUACCUUCCCCGGUCCAGACCCAGACGGCUCCCACCCUCCGUCCUUCCUCUCAGUUUGGCACACUCCGCUCCCAUUAGGGACUCGCCGUGGAGGGAGCAGCUGGCAGAGCUCGUGCGUUUUCCCGGGCACACGCCCUUGUGUG